AUGGCUGAAACAACAGGACAAGAAGGAGCGCGAGGUGGACCAUAUUAUACAAAAGAAAGAAUAAAAUACGGCCCGGAGGAGGAGGCCAAGCUGGAGAAGCAGCAUUUCUGGAGAAUAAUUGAUGCUUUUAGAUAUUACAGGAUCCAUGUCCAGGAGCAGGUCAAACGUGCCGAGCGUCAGUUUCGGAGCCUUCCACAGCACCACCGGGAUCUGCUACCUGGCGUUUUGUCCAACCUGGCCCGAAUCAGCCAGUGUGCGGACCACAACCAGGGGGUGCUGCAGGCCAUCGUUCACAAUAGCCUCCACAUGUUUGAGAAUAUGGAGUAUGGAGAGAGGCAGGAGGAUCCAAGGAAGGUUCGUCCAUCCUCUACAUUUGACAUGGACAAACUUAAGUCCACCAUAAAGCAGUUUGUGAGAGACUGGAGUGAAGCAGGCCAGGCUGAGAGAGACACCUGCUAUAAGCCCAUCAUCCAAGAGAUCCAAAAACUUUUCUCAAGUGACCAAUAUGAUGUGUCUAAGGUGAGCGUGCUGGUUCCGGGGGCUGGGCUUGGCCGUCUAGCCUGGGAGAUAGCUCGGCUGGGUUAUACGUGCCAGGGCAAUGAAUGGAGCUUCUUCAUGCUCUUCUCCUCAAACUUUGUCCUCAAUAGGUGUGAAAAGGUGAAUGCUCUGACACUGUACCCCUGGAUCCACCAGUUUAGCAACAACAAGAGAUCCUCUGACCAAACACGACCAAUCAGGUUCCCUGAUGUCAACCCUCAGAGCUUGUCGCGGCAUGCAGACUUCUCCAUGGUAGCAGGGGACUUUGUGGAGAUCUACACUGACCCAGAGUCCUGGGACUGUGUGGCUACCUGCUUUUUUAUUGACACAGCUCAUAAUGUCCUGGAAUAUGUGGAAACCAUCUGGAAGAUUCUUAAGCCUGGUGGAGUGUGGAUCAACCUGGGCCCACUGCUGUAUCACUUUGAGAACAUGGCCAACGAACUCUCAGUUGAGCUUAGCUACGAAGACAUUAGGACAGCGAUGGUCAAAUUUGGCUUCCACCUUGAGGUGGAGAAGGAGUCAAUGCAGACCACGUACACAGAGAACGACCGCUCCAUGUUGAGAUAUGUUUAUGACUGUGUCUACUUUGUGGCACGGAAACCUGCAGAGCUGCAGUAUUAUAACGGUCAAAACGAAGACCAGCUACAAAACUGUCCACCAGCUGCUAAGUCACCACGCCGAGAAGGUCCCGAUAGCCCGACGUGACAAGAAGUCCUUUCACAAACACAGUGAAAUCAGAAGAGCACAAUGCUUGGAUGAGAAAUGACAGCAAAUUGAAAAGAAAAAUGGGCACAUGGACAUAAUAUUCCUUUGGUCAUAUAUAUAUUUAUGCCGUCUCUCUUGGAAAAAUGUGCUCCACUCCACAAGCACUUGACAGUGGCUCAAAAUGUGGAAUGUAACAUGAAGUCAAGUAUUACAGUAAUAUGUGAUCUGUAACAUCUGAACAAAAGCCUGACUACUCAUCAUGAUCUCUGUUUGAGAUGAUUUGCUCACCUUUGGCUGCUAUUUUGUGUUCAUGUUUUGUGUGUCAGCUACGAGCCGUGAACAGCAUCAUUUUGUUUUCGGCCCCUUGUGUGCAUGUGAUAGGAGAGUGUGAUGUGAGUGCCUGCUUUAGAUUUUUUUUUUUCUUUCUAACUAUUAUGUGCCAAUAACUACAUCUGCUCAUUUUCAUUAGGCAGUUGUUUUAAAGGUAGAAAUUAUUUUCAUCUAGAUUUCUGGAUUGUCCUGACACUUUGAAAUAAAGUCAAACAUUUUAAAUCUGUGAGACUCCAAACAGCUUUGCAAAACAAUAACACCAACAGAGAAGACAGCUAUAGGUCCACAUAAAAGCUUUUAUACAGUUAGGUUCAUAUGUCUUUGGACAAGGACAUGUUUUUUUUUUUUUUGCCUCUGUACAAAAAUCACUGGAUUUGAAAUCAAAUGAGGUGUGACUGAAGGGCAGAUUUUCAGCUUUGAUUCAAGGGGUUUUUAAAAAGUAUAGCAAUAACUAAAGGGAUUACAGCCAUUCUUAUACACAGUCCCCACUUUCAGAAGCCCCAAAUUAAUUGGACAUUUUAAAGUUUAAUAAGGACUGUUUUUAAUACUUGAAUAUCCUUUGCAAUCAGUGACUGAAGUUUAGAACCCAUGGACAUCAAAUGCUGUGUUUCCUCCCUUGGCUUUUACUGCAGCUUCCUUCAGUUGCUGCUCGUUUGUGGGUCUCUCAACCUUUGGUUUUCUAUUUCAUAGGUGAAAAGCAUGUGCUGUUGGGUUGAGCUCAGUUGACUGACUUGGCCAUUGAAGAAUAUCCUACUGCUUUGCCUUGACAAAACCUUGCCUGUUUUUUUUUGUUUGUUUUUUACCGUUUGCCUUGGGUCAUUAUGUGUUUGCACUGUGAAGCUCUGUCUGAUCAGUUUUGCAGCAUUUGGCUAAAUCUGAGCAGAGUGUAACCCUGUACAUUUCAGAAGUCAUCCUGAUGCUUCUAUCAGCAGCCACAUCAUCAAUAAACACUACUGACCUGGUUCCAGUGGCAGCCAUACAUGAACAUGCCAUAACAUUGCCUCCACCAUGUUACACAGAUGUGGUAUGUUUCAGAUUGUGAUUACAAGAUUACAAGUUAAUCUUGGUUUCAUGUGCCAAAUAUUUUUUUCCAGACAUGCAGGCUGUUUUUUUUUUAAUGAUUUCUGGCAGUCUAA